CAACACGGAAUACAGGGCGGAUAGUCAACUCGAAGGAAUCAGAGGUCAGCGCGUAGACGAUUAACGCCAUUCCUAUCGUUCUCAACACUAAUAAUUUUUGUGCUGUAUAUGUUGACUGAUACUUUGUCCCCAUUUUUUGGGUUUACUCUGGAGUUCCGAUCGAUUCUGUGAUUUAAAAAUCAGAGGUAGUUGGGCAUUAUUCAGCUAGUCAAUGAUGGUAAAGGAGACGGAAUACUACGACGUGCUAGGGGUCAGUCCAACGGCUACAGAGUCCGAGAUCAAGAAAGCUUACUACAUCAAGGCUCGAAAGGUACACCCAGAUAAAAACCCAAAUGAUCCUCUCGCUGCACAAAAUUUUCAGGUUUUGGGAGAGGCUUACCAGGUAUUGAGUGAUCCAGCCCAAAGGCAAGCAUAUGAUGCUUAUGGGAAGUCAGGAAUUUCAACUGAAGCAAUUAUUGAUCCUGCAGCAAUCUUUGCUAUGCUUUUUGGAAGUGAGCUAUUUGAGGAAUAUAUAGGACAGCUUGCCAUGGCAUCAAUGGCUUCUUUGGACAUUUUUAACGAGGGGGAACAAUUUGAUGCUAAAAAGUUGCAGGAGAAAAUGAGGGUUGUUCAGAAGGAUAGGGAAGAAAAGCUUGCAACUAUACUAAUAGAUCGACUCCACAAAUAUGUACAAGGUAACAAAGAUGAGUUUAUUAAUAAUGCUGAAGCCGAAGUUUCAAGGCUCUCUAAUGCAGCCUAUGGUGUUGACAUGUUGAAUACAAUUGGUUAUAUAUAUGCAAGACAAGCUGCAAAAGAGCUUGGGAAGAAAGCAAUUUAUCUGGGAUUGCCAUUUGUUGCUGAAUGGUUUAGAAACAAAGGCCACUAUAUAAAAUCUCAAGUAACGGCAGCAACAGGUGCCAUUGCUUUGAUACAGCUGCAAGAGGACAUGAAAAAGCAGCUUAGUGCUGAAGGAAAUUAUACGGAGGAAGAGCUUGACGAAUACAUACGAUCCCACAAGAAAUUGAUGACAGAUUCUCUGUGGAAGCUUAAUGUAGCUGAUAUUGAAGCCACACUUUCCCGUGUUUGUCAGAUGGUUCUUCAAGAUAACAAUGCCAAGAAAGAAGAUCUUCAUGCACGAGCAAAGGCACUGAAAACUCUUGGUAAAAUUUUUCAGAGGGCCAAGUCAACCAAUGGAAGUGAGAAUGAAACUGUGUCAAGCAGUGGAGUACAAAAACUGGAUGGAAGUGAAUCUGGCUGUGAUAUUGAUUCUUCUUAUAUGUCGCCAGAAUCUUCUCAGUCCACAUCUGUAUCUCAGAGCCCGUAUGUGGAAGCCCCAUAUUUCUUAGACGGUCAUUUUGGCUAUAACUUUCCAAGCCCAGCCGCCCCACCUGGUGUACAGAGACAUCCUUCAAGGGGCAGGGAAUGAUGUUGAAGAAAUGUGAUAUGAUGGGUGAUGCAUGUUGUGUAUCCCUGCUAUAUGUAUGAUGUUAUGGGUGAUGCGUGUUGUGUAUCCCUGCUAUAUGUAUGAUGUUAUGGGUGCGGUAUGUAUGGGCCUUGAGUUUGCAUGGGUUGGAUGCAUCAUUAUGAGUAGUUGAUCUUGAAAGCACAUCAUACAGUGUUUGGUCAUGGUGCAUUUUACUGAAGAUGGGAGAGAUUGUUGGAGGAGAUAGCUCUUACCACUGUUUCUAUCUGGCUGCCUGAUAUUUUUAUUAGUAUAUUCUGUCACAGUAGAGUUUGCUUUCUGGGUGUGCGUAUUGAGUGUGUUUCUGAGUCACAGGUGUUCAUUAAGAUUAAAGUCUUUGAUUAGUUAUUUUUAUUUACUUGAAGAUUGAUGUAUCAUUGAUAUUCUGAUAUUUUAAUGUAGUUCGCGCGCGGAGCUAGUGUUUUA